ACAGUUCCACGUUUGGCCCAGGGCAACAGUUUGUUGGGUUAAUGUGAAAGGUUCAAUUGCUACUGCUGCUGCUGUUGUUCAUGUGGCGUUUGAAAAUUUGGCUUGAAUCAACAAUUGGCCGAUCGGUUAAGGGUCUAGUGUAGUUAUAUAGGAAAAAUAACAGUUUGUGUAGUGGUUUGGAGGUGAAAACAUUAUGAAAGUAAAAAAUCUAGAAGGAGGAUUUCCUUAGAAAACGGCGCGAAUUUUCCGCAGGACACAUCAGAUGGCGGAUGUUACCAUAAAAUAUAGCAAGAAAUAUGGUUGAAAUAUUCGCGAAGCAUGUGCUGGAUAAGUUUGGCUCGGAAGAUGGUCGUGGCAGAACAAGUGCCUAUAAGGAUUGCACCCGAGUCGUUCAUUUCAGUUGGAUAUCAGCUUUUGAGGAAACAGGACGUGUAUUGACUGUUGCUCGUCGUGCUAAAAGAAAUUGCAGCAUUUUCUUAUAGACUUAUAUCCUGAGUGUGAGCUUGUUUGAGCUGUCACAGCUUUUGCUGGUUGUUUCCGGUAUCUCUAACAGGUGAAAACGAUUUAACGAGGUUGUGUAACGUGGAGUGAGGUAGAUUUAAUAUUCGUGAAAUCACCCAGGUCUUAUUUCGUUAAGUGUGUUAGGUCCCGGGCAAGUGAAAGUGAGAUGGUACUUACAAACUAACUGAUGACAUGAAGAGAUUAUGUUCUUCACUGUUUAGCCCCAGGCAAGUGAAAGUGAAAAUGUCUUAGCGAACUAGCAUGAAGGGAUUACGUAUAAAUAAACACAUGAUUAUGGUUCCUCGAGAAGCUUAGGAAAUAGGAGAAAAAGAAAAUAUAAGCGAAGAAGAGGCCCAUCAAUGCCAGCGAGAAAGGCUGCUGGCGCCCCAGAAUACGUUUUUGGAUACUAUUGCAACACGCUUCGAUGGCACACACUCUAACUUUGUGCUUGGCAAUGCACAAGUCAGCGGCUACCCAAUUGUGUACUGUUCUGAUGGCUUUGUUGAGCUUUCAGGAUUUUCCCGUGCUCAAAUUAUGCAGAAAGGUUGCGCUUGUCGGUUUCUCUAUGGCCCGGAAACGAGAAGACCAUAAGAGUCAGAUUGAGAGUAGUUUAGACGGUAAAAAUGAACUUAAGUUGGAAGUUAUAUUUUACAAAAAGAAUGGAACUCCGUUUUGGUGUCUGUUGGAUAUUGUCCCAAUCAAAAAUGAGAAGAGAGAGGUGGUACUGUUUCUUGCUUCCCACAAAGAUGUCACCACGGCAAAAAUGUCAGAGAUGUCGAUUUCAGAUGAGUGUGAUAGUGCUGCUUUAUUGGGAGCACGAUUCCGAUCAGCUGAAACCUCUUUGCUUGCAGACGACGGAGCAGAGGAUGAUAAUCUUGAAAUUGGUGUCCCGGCUGGAUGCAACAUGGGACGGCGUCGAUCGAGAGCAGUGCUGUACCAGCUGUCCGGCCAUUACAAGCCGGAAAAAAUGAAGACUAAAAUCAAGCUUAAUAGUAAUAUAUUGCAUUCUAGCGAAGCUCCACUACCUGAGUAUAAGACGCAAGCCUUAAAGAAAUCACGUUUUAUUCUGUCACAUUAUGGAAUGUUUAAGGGCUGUUGGGACUGGAUGAUUUUAGUGGCAACAUUCUACGUAGCAGUUGCUGUACCUUACAAUGCUGCAUUUGUGAAAACUGACCGUUUAACAAUGGCUUCAGAUGUUAUUGUUGAAGCUUUAUUCAUUGUUGAUAUUUUAGUAAACUUUCGCACAACGUACGUAUCUCGCAAAGGGGAAGUUGUAUCAAAUUCUAAAAGUAUAGCAGUCAACUAUCUCAGAGGAUGGUUUGUCGUUGAUCUGUUUGCAGCUCUCCCAUUUGACCAUCUUUACGCAAGCAAUGUAAUUAGCGGAGAGGAAUCUCACAUUCACUUAGUUAAACUAACACGGUUGUUAAGGUUGGCACGAUUGCUUCAAAAGAUGGAUAGAUACUCACAAUACACCGCUAUGAUUCUAACGUUGCUGAUGUUAUGCUUCUCCUUAGUUGCACAUUGGUUGGCAUGCAUUUGGUUUGUGAUAGCUGAGAAAGAAAAACUAGUCAAUGAGAUGGACUGGGAUAUUGGAUGGAUUCAUACUUUGGCAGAACGCUUAAAGAUUCCAGUGUCAAACGUGACGCACGGUGAGGCUUACAUAACAGCAUUGUACUUCACUUUUACUAGUUUGACCUCAGUUGGGUUUGGGAAUGUUAGUCCCACGACAAUCACAGAAAAAAUCUUCAGUAUAGUCAUGAUGCUUAUCGGAGCAUUGAUGCAUGCAGUAGUUUUCGGAAACGUUACAGCAAUCAUUCAACGGAUGUAUUCUCGUCGUUCUCUUUAUCAAAGUAAAUGGCGUGAUUUAAAAGACUUUAUAGCUCUGCAUCAGAUGCCGAAAGAACUGAAGCAAAGGAUGCAGGACUAUUUCCAAACUAUGUGGUCACUGAACCAUGGUAUUGAUAUAUAUGAAAUUCUAAAAGAGUUCCCAGAAGAACUGAGAGGUGAUAUAUCAAUGCACCUUCAUCGGGAAAUUUUACAGCUGCCCAUUUUUGAGUCAGCUUCACAGGGUUGUCUUAAACUUUUGUCAUUACAUAUCAAAGCAAACUUCUGUGCUCCGGGUGAAUAUCUUAUCCAUAAAGGAGAUGCACUGAGCUAUAUUUACUACAUUUGCAAUGGAUCCAUGGAAGUGAUGCAGAAUAAUAUGGUUGUUGCAAUUUUAGGAAAAGGUGAUCUGGUAGGUUGUGAUAUAAGUGUACACUUGCUACAUGGAAGUCAAGGAAAUUCAGGAAAUCAAGGUUCUCAAGACGCUAUUGUUAAAAGUAGUGGUGACGUUAAAGCUCUUACUUACUGUGAUUUAAAAAGCAUUCACAUGGGAGGUUUGAUAGAUGUAUUGCGGCUUUAUCCGGAGUAUCAGCAGGAAUUUGCAAACGACAUUCAGCACGACCUAACAUACAAUUUGCGCGAGGGCUAUGAAGCUGAGGAGGAAACGGAGAACAACGGACCUUGCCUUGCGUUGCCCUCGAUAAGUGAAGACGACGAAAAUCAAUCGGAUGCUGAAUCCAGCUCGACAUCUCCACUGAAUACAUCCAUAUCAAAAUCACCAGGGCACAAUACCGGUGCAAGUCCCCGGCAUGCAAAGUUGAUACACAGUCGAAAUAAAUCUCUUGUUGCAUUGAGAGAAAGGGUUGAACGGCAACGUUCGGUGCAAGCUGCGCCUUCUUCUCAAACUACAGAGAAUAAUAACUCACUUGAAGGACUGAAUUUGGAGGGCCGCAGCAAAGAGAACAUGCUCCCAACCAAGGUAUCGGUUGAACGUUUGGACACGCAAGUCACUACACUGCAUAACGACGUAGCGGCAUUAAGUAUGGAGGUUCGAAAUGCAAUUCAAGCUCUUCAGGAAAUGACUUAUUCCACUAUGAAUUCUCAGUUCGAUUUGGGGCACUUUCCACCGGCGCGUUCCAUUCCCAAUUUACAAAAUGGAGCGACCGGUUUUAUGCGUGAUACCGAUGGAACGAUGGCUAGAAGCUCAUCCCAUCCUCCGGAAAUGUGGUGUCGCGAAAUGAACGCAUUUGGCGAAGCACUCGCCAGUCCCAACGACACCGAGCCGCUCUCUGACCACAUGUUUCGUCGUAAAUCGAUUAUGUCUCAGAAAUACUCCGAGGAACUGUCCUGCUCGACACAAACUGAAAACGUGGUUGACUAUGAAACUCUGGAAAAGAUCGUUCUUGCACAUCCAGCUUUAGUGUUGAAAAUUCUAGGAAUAGAGGCAUUGUUCAGCAAUGAAUCAACUAUGGCAAUACACCAUCUAAAUACCAUUCCCGAAACAGCAAGUUUAGGCGAAACAAUCACUUCGAAAGAAGAACAGGAAACCAAACACCAUACCACUAAAUCAAACACCAAUGAAAUGCAUCUUAUCGAUGACUACAAAGAAGAUUACUCACCAAUCGCUUAUAAUCCUUUUUACACUAACAAUGACUCUAGUUUAUUAAAAAACAAUAUAUCACUACUUACACCGUCAUCAUUGGAAGAGAAAAGAUGUGUAGCAAAAAAGGACACCACAAGUUGCUCCAUCUUGAUUGAUGAAAAUAUGGCAAUGCUGAAGCAAUCGGAUCGGCAGGACCGAAUUCCCAUUAAAUAUCGUUUUUCAGCCGGAGACGCUGAUAAGCUUGAAAAGGGGUUGGAAAGUAUGCCAUCUUCACGCUCAUUAAGUGGAAGCUGAGUGGAGGUUAUCAAACGCACAUAAUAAUUUAAUAAUAGUGAACAAAGAGAAAAUGUUUUAAAAUAUGCAAUUAAUAUACAAUAGACUUCUGUUUAGUGAAAUUUUAUUAUAUUUUAAAAAUAAAGAGAGCAACAGUUGAUAUAUCACAAGCAACUCCACCGACAAA